AUGCUGUUAUUGGAUUCACAAGCCAAACAUAUGAUGUCCCAGAGGACCAGAAGGCCCAAAUUUCAAUCGAAUUUAUACGAGGCGAAGCAACAUUACCCGUCACCGUCCGGUUAGUCUCUAAUUCUAUCUGCAAUAUCACACCAUUUUUCGCAUGCUCAAAGAAAUUACAUACAUGACCCACCUUUGACUGACCCACAUUCGACUCUUUAAUCUAGUGUCUUCAUCAAGGGUGAACAAAGUCCAAACGCAUGGCUCCUUUAUUUAUACUCUAAAGGGCAACGGUCCGUCACACUUCGUUGGCCGAUGACGUCAUCCGUCAAAUAUAUAAUAAAUUAAUAGCUAGGUAACCUCUGAUGAAGACAUUAGAUCGGAGUAUCGAAACGUUGGGUCGUAAAUGUAAAUUCUUUUAAGGUAGCAUUCAUCUACUUUAACUGAAGUAGCUAAGCGAGUGAAAAUAUAUCAGAUAUACCUGGUUGACAAUAAUUGUGAAUAACUCUUCAUUUGUAUCUGUAGCUUAAGCACCAGCCCUACAACUGCAAGUGAAGAAGAUUUUAAGUCAAGAGAAGUAGAUGUAACAUUUCAAGCAGGAGAAACUGGUCCAAAAGUUGUUGAAAUUGACCUGGUUGAUGAUUUACUAGUUGAAGCAAUGGAAUCAUUCAACGUUUCGCUCGUUUCUACCUCGAAUCCAGCUGUUUCGUUAGAAAACCCAGCAACAGUGAACAUUUUGGAUAACGAUGGUAAAACUGUUGGUUAAGUGCAUUGAAAUAAGGAUUUUUUGAAUUAAAGGUUUUUGGCAAGAGGAAAAUUUAGAUUUAAGGCGGGAUUUUUCAACAACUGUUUCUUGUUGAAAAGCAAUUAGUAUCUAGGCUAUAGAAAAUACUCAGUACCUGAAAAUACUACAUGUUCACCAAACAUUGACGUCACUGCCGUUGUUAUACUAAGCAUGACGUUUCACUGAUAUGGCAGAUAUUUUUGCUUUGAACAAACUUUUCGGGAAAAACAACAGUGAUCCCCAUUUUCUAUUUGUUAAAUAUUUUGGAUUAGUGAAACGAAAACUUUAUACAACAAAUAACUUUUAAAAUCGCCAGUUCAGAUUUUUUGAACUUUAAUAAAACGUGCUUAUUUUCACACUUUCCAGGCUUUCUUGCCAUCCUACUUUUCCUACUUUUCUUCAACUUUCCAACUUUUCCUAUUUUUUAUUAAAAAUUACUUGAUUUUCCUACUUUUUCCAAAUAUUCAACUCCCCCCCAGUUAAUCAAGCAUCAUAUAUACAGGGCCGUAGCAACUGGAGGGAGGGCAUUUCAGAGACUCUAAAUUUAAAAAUUUCCUUGGGCCUUCGGCGGCUGCCGCAGUGUGGAUUGGUGCAUUGUGUAGCCCAAUACAUGCAUUUGAAUUGUGUUGCUGCAGAGCCGAUGCCUUAGCUUUUAUACCUAUACAAUUUAAAAGUUUUGAGAAAAAAAUCCUGCAUAGAUGAAUGAGUACAUAAAAAUAUUGAGCACCAAAAAUUCACACAACUUCCCCAUCAGAUAUCUAAUGGUCUACCCCUUACCACAUAUAUCCUAGGGGGGCCAAUUUUGUAUAUUUUUGUGUUAUUUGCAUCUCCAAAACUCAUACUUUUCUCCUACUUUUCUAAACAUUUUCCUACUUUAUUCCUACUUUUCCUAAAAUUCUAGUCCUACUUUUGUCCUACUUUUCUACACAAGGAUGCCAGAAAGCCUGACUUUCCAGUAUUUUUUAGGUAGUAUUUUCAACAAGUAACAAUUGUUCAAAAAUUCGGCCCUGAAUCGUAAAUGUUCCUCUUGCCAAAAAAGAGUAUAUAAGGUGUUUAAUCUUAAAAUCGUUAUUUUACACCUUUAUGUUAAAAGUCUAUAAUAAAAGCGGGAAUUUGGUGAGGUUUAAUUUUGAAGUCAAAAUGGGUAUGAUCCUACACAGAUCUAGAAUCGAAUUUCGUUUUGUUAAUAUUUGGCAGAACAUACAAGAUUGUUACAUGUUAUAAAAAUAAUUAACACUAUUGUCUCACUUUGAUAACGCGGCCAGAACAAUAAUUUAUAAAGUUUUACAAUUAAUUUCUCAUUUGCAGAAGCUGUUAUUGGUUUUACCCAAGAUGUUUACGAAAUAAUUGAGGGUUCAGGAAAAGCUAGGGUUAAAGUCGGUCUCCUUUCUGGAGAAACCGCUGUUCCAGUUACAGUCAG